AUGCAAUAAUUAGAAACUCAAUAUUGCUAUUAUAGCAAUUUCAAUUUAUUUGAAAGCACAUCUCAAUUAUUGAAGAGAGAUAAGUUUGUUAAAUCAUUAUUACAAACAUUAGGAGAAGAAUGGCGUAUUUAUGCAGGACGAGCAAUCACUAUAGAAUUAGAUGGAUAAAUCAAUCAUUUUGCAUGGCAAUUUUGUUUUGAAAAAUUACUUUUUGCUUGGUUAGAGAAUGAAGACUCAUAGUAUACAGAAUUUUAUGAAUAAUCAAUAUAGCGUAUAAGUCCUUACAAUAUAGGUAUCAAUAAAAUAAAUUUAAAUUAGAUGUUGUUUAUUUUAGACCUGUAUUUGAUGGUUUCUUUUAUUCUGCUUAAUAAUUAUGGUAAAAGAUGAGAUUGAGUAGACCACCUUCACAAGAAUCUUUCAAAUCUUUAGAUCAAAUAAAAUAAGAAGAAAUUAAACCAAUGUCUAAUAUUCUCAAACCAUUAGUAAUUGUAAGUGAAAGGAUAAUCAAUUAUUUCAGAAAAGAAGAAUAAACUUAACCUUAAAGAUUGGAAUAUCCAUAAUACUAAUAACCAACUUGGAAACAAAUCUCUAAACUUACAGAAGAUUCUUUACCUCUUGAAUUGAUUGAAAAUGCUUACAUUUAUGUUAGUUAAUUCAUUUAAAAAACUUACAAAAAUUGUCAAGUAGCUAAAUCAUUUAUUGUAAAUAUCAUUGAAUUAAAUCAUGAAGUAUUGAGUAAAUUCUAGAUUUCAAAUUAAUAAAUUAAAAUUAGAAUCAUGUAACCAUCUUCUUUGAUGUAUGAUAAUUUAUUAUCAAUUUGGACAUUAGCAAAUGCAGGUGUUUAACCUCAAUACUUUGAUCUUAUUGAUAGAGCAAAAUCUUUAUUAGGAAAUAAUUGGAAAGAUAAUUAUUAAUAACCUGUAGAAGUAUUUUUUUAGAUGAUGGCCAAAUUAUAUGGAAAUAUCAUUUUAAAUCCAUAAAUAAAAUCAGAAGAUUAAUUAAAUCAUUUAUUACAAAAUAUGAGAAUUUAAAUGGCUUAAUUGUGGGAAUAAGAAAUAGUUUAAUCAACAUUAUAAAAACAAUGA